UGCCUGAAACGUUCCUGGUUAGAGACUUUCAGAAUCAGGAAUGGUAUCUUGGAGAUCACCAACCAACAAACUCAGAAGAGGUCAUCUGGACUGAACUUCAGCAGACCCUCUUCUCCACACCGAUGAAUGUUUGUCAUCAACUUCUACUUGUGCACCAUCACUUAGAUCACUUAGAUCGCUUAUCAAUUGGAAGUGUUAAGCUUUAGUCGUUGGAGUAAUUGGACUGGCUUUUAACAUUGGGACACAACAUGGCUGCCGCAGCAACUUCGCACUGGGAUAGUGACUGACCCAGGAUCUGAUCACAAGAUUUAUCAGAAAUCGGGGCCUUGUGUCUCAGAUGUUACUGAACUUGUCAUUAGCAUUGAUUUGGUAUAUCUAAAUCUGAUACAGAUCUAAUAGCAGCCACUGAGAUGAGCUCAUGUCUGUAGCCGCCCCGCGCCAGCGCUGUCGAGGCUGGCGGUCAUCUUCCUCGGCCAUGACCCGGCUGAUGUUGGGCCGGACCCUGGAGCGCAUCUGUAAGGGGGUCCUGCUGCUCUGCCUGCUCCACUUCCUCAUCAUGAUGAUACUCUACUUUGACGUCUACUCGCAGCGCUUCGACCUCUUCAGCCGCUUUAACAACGGCCGCAACGGAUCCAGGAAUAACGUCAGCGGGGCAGCAGGGAGCGGACACCAUUAUUACUAUUACAACCUUUCCAGGCCUAAUGCCACAUUAGCCAGCUACCUGGCCCCAGGGGAGCAGCUGGUGCCCACUGUGCAGCCUGAGACCAAUCAGACACCUUUGCCCAAACCUCUGCCGCCCUGCCCCGAGAUCCCCCCCGGCCUCG